AUGCCCGUCGUAUCAGCAGCUCGGUACGGAAAGGACAAUGUCCGCGUGUACAAAGUCCAUAGGGACGAGGCAACGGGUACGCACACGGUCACGGAGAUGGUCGUAUGCUGUUUACUCGAGGGGGACAUCGAAUCGUCGUACACGGUGGCGGACAAUAGCGUCGUCGUGGCCACCGACUCCAUGAAGAACACCAUCUACAUCAAGGCCAAGGAGCACCCCGUGAACCCGCCGGAACUGUACGCCAGCUACUUGGGACAGCAUUUCCUAGACCAAUACGCCCACAUCCACGCCGCCAACAUCAGCAUAGCCGUAAAGCGGUGGACCCGCAUGAUCAUCGACGGAAAGGAGCACCCUCACAGCUUCUACCGCGACGGCGAGGAGACUCGCAACGUCGAAGCCCGUAUUACCCGCCAGGGAAUCGAGCUCACGAGCGGCAUCGCGGGGCUCCUGGUGCUGAAAAGCACCGGGUCCGCCUUCCACGGCUUCAUUCGCGAUGAGUACACCACACUCCCCGAGACCUGGGAUCGCAUCCUCUCGACCGACGUCGACGCCACUUGGAGUUGGAACACUCUACCGAGCGUGGCGGCGGUCGAGCAGAAGGUAGCCCAGUUCGACAAGGCCUGGGAAGACGCCCGUAGAAUCACCAUGAAGACUUUUGCCGAAGAGAGCAGUCCUUCGGUCCAGCAUACCAUGUACAAAAUGGGCGAGCAGAUCCUCGAGGCCGCGCCUGAGGUCAAGUCGGUCACUUACGCGCUGCCCAACAAGCACUACUUUGAAAUCGAUCUAUCCUGGCACAAGGGUCUUAAGAACACGGGCAAGGACGCCGAAGUAUACGCGCCGCAGUCCGGACCCAACGGUUUGAUAAAAGUCGAAAUCUCGCGCUCGUAGACGCUAUUCUUUAUUAUUAUACAGAUUUGUAUCAUGUCUUCGGCGUAAUGCGCGGGGUUGCGAUUGUUGGUUUUUUAAAUCCGUAAUUAUCGGGGAAAUGGGAUUCUAGCCGGGUUAUCAAGUUGUUAUUGCAUCGGAACGAGUAUCUAGAUACCAUCUCAAGAUAAGACCUUAAAUUUCGUGAAAUCCUCUUCGUGCCUAGAAAUGUGUUGUUAAAUAUCAUUUAUAUAUAUGCCCAUUCCCACGAUUUUGAUUUACUCCUAGCCGCAGUUGGUCUAAGCAACACCCUUGCACUCUAAACGAAUAUACGGCUUGUGAUAUACCUAGGUGUACCUGUUUCUUGACCACUCAUCAAGUUGGUUGUCAUGAGAUGCAUUCAUUAUACACAUACGAUGUAGUACAUAGCAGAUAUGCAGAGCCAGUAUUCCCCUGGCAAAGU